UAUCUCCAUCUUCAACUGCAAUCAUCAUGGUGUCACGGGUUGGAUCUUCAAACUAUGACGUGUUUAUUAACUUCAGAGGCAAAGACACUCGCAAUUCUUUCGUUGGCCAUCUUUACAGUGCUCUAAAAGGUCGUGGAAUCCAUGCUUUCAUCGACAGCAAAGAUAUGUGGAAAGGAGAAGAUAUUGGGGAGCUUCUCCAAAUAAUAAAAAUCUCCAAGCUUUCGAUUGCUGUCUUCAGUGAGACUUACGUAGAAAGCGAUUGGUGCCUCCGUGAGCUCGCUCAGAUGUUGGAAUGUCAUAGAACUAACGGUCAGAUCAUUUUUCCCAUUUUCUUCAAAGUUAAGACAGCUGAAGUUAAGAAUCAGAAUGGAUGUUUUGAGAUUUUACCUCAUAUACAUGGCAAAGAAGCGCCUGAAACUCUACAGAGAUGGAAGGAUGCUUUGCAAGCUGUAGGAGAUAAGAAUGGAUGGGUUUUUAACAAUGGGGAUCAAUCAGAGUUAGUUAAGUCAAUUGUUCAAAGUGUUUGGCUCCGAUUGAAUGUGGUCCCCUUGGUUGAUGCUAAAUACCAGGUUGGAUUAGAAUCCCGCGUAGAAUCUGUAUUAUCCCUACUAUCAAAUGCUAGUUCUACGGAUGUUCAGUUUCUUGGGAUAUGUGGUUUGAGUGGCAUUGGGAAGACAACUAUAGCGGUAGCCAUAUACAACCACAUCUUUAGAAACUUUAGUAAAAGUUGUUUUCUCGAAAACGUUCGAGAGGAAGCAGCAAAAUCCAAUGGUAUAGUUUAUUUGCAAAAGAUACUUCUUGAAAAGAUCUUUGGGGUGGAAAUAAAAAUAAGCAAUUCUAGAGAAGGAUCAAGUUCGAUAAAAGAAAGACUUGGAAAAACAGAUACUCUUCUCAUUCUUGAUGAUGUGGAUAAUCAUACCCAAUUAGAAGCAUUGGCCGGUGAUCUCAGUUGGUUUGGUCCUGGAAGUUGGAUAAUCAUAACAUCUAGAGACCAAAGCAUUUUACGUGAAAUUCCCCAAAAUAAUAGAAAAAUAUACAAGCCUGAAGAAUUGAAUGAGAAAGAGAGUCUUCAACUCUUCAGUUCGUAUGCUUUUUCAGUGGACCAGCCUCCUGAUGAUUUUAUGCAGCUUUCAAUUGAUAUAGUUCAUACCACAGGAGGAUUGCCCUUAGCCUUGGAGAUUUUGGGUUCUGAUUUAUCUCUUAACAAAGAAGACAAAGACGUAUGGAAAAGCAUGCAUCGGAUUUUGAAACAAAUUCCGCACAAUGAUGUCUAUAGAAAGUUAAGGAUAAGCUAUGACAAUCUAGGAGAUGAUAUUGAGAAAGCUAUGUUUCUCGAUGCUGCAUGCUUUUUCAUAGGAUGGAAGAUAGAAACUGUAAUUUCCAUAUGGGAAGCUUGUGAGUUUGAACCAAGAUACCAUAUAGAAGUUCUCAAUAGAAAAUUUCUCUUGCAAAUUAAUGAGGCAAAAAAGUUGGGGAUGCACGACCAGAUUCAAAACAUGGGAAGGGGAAUUGUCUACAGUCAAAGCCAUAUGGAACGUGAUAAAUAUAGCAGGUUAUGGUCUCGUAAUGACAUCAUGAAAGUAUUAAAGGGUGGCAAGGGGAAUGAAAUGGUUGAAGGUCUCUUCCUUAGAUUCAGUUCAAACGACAACACUUGUUUAUAUACUGAAUGCUUUGAAAAAAUGCCCAAACUAAGAUUACUACAAGUUGAUGGAGUAACCUUGAAGGGGAGUUUUCAGCGUCUUCCUUCUAGAUUAAGAUGGCUAAGUUGGCAGAAUUAUCCAUUGAAAGAACUACCUGUCCAUUUUUAUCAUGAAGAAUUAGUUAUUCUCGACUUGAGUUAUGGCUUGUUUAGACGAGCUUGGAAUAAUUGGCUUGAAAAUAAGUUAUUUCAACAGUUGAAAGUUCUUAGACUCAGUUGUUGUCGGUCUCUGUCCAUGUCUCCCAACUUCUCAGGAUUUCCUCGCUUGGAGCAAUUGUAUCUUAAUAAAUGUGAUUCUUUGGUUAAUUUACAUGAAUCCAUUGGACAGCUCCAGGAACUCAUUUACUUGGACUUGGAAAGUUGUUGUUCUCUCAAGACACUCCCAAACAGUAUAUGCAAGUUGAGUUCUCUCCAAAUAAUAAUUCUCAAUCAUUGCACUUCUCUGGAGAAGUUACCUGAAUCCAUUGGUGACCUAAACGAAUCCUUGGUUGAUCUUUACUUGAACAAAACAAAUAUUAAAGUACUGCCUGAUAGUGUUGGACUGUUAAAAAAGUUAGAGGUAUUGGAUCUAUCACAUAGGCAUGCGCUUGUAAAUUUGCCAAGAUCAAUGGAGAAUAUGACUUCUCUACGUCACAUUGAACUUAGCGUGCGUAACAAGCUUCGAUGCAUACCAAAGCUACCCUCUUCCUUGGUUCAACUUCGUUUUCAUUACCAAGCGUAUGAUUUCAAACCAGACUUGGAAAACGUGAAAAGAUUGUUAGAGUGCUCCGAAGAUUUGGCAAAAGUUUGUUUUCUCAGACACAAGUCACACAACAUUCAUCUGUCACAGCCACCACGGAGAGGCACGAUAAAGACAGGAUUAUUUAGAAGAUUCUGA